AUGACUCAAACCUACCCCCAUCUUACUUUUGUUUACUUCAGCAGUGGUUAUCUGAUACCGCUUCAAUUUAGGUUCUUGCGCGACACGCCGUUCGCGGAGUUGAUACCGACGCUUAACUCUCUCUUGCAAUAUUUAGAAAAUCAAAAGGUUGUCAAGCUUGAGUACCGUUCACCUUCAUUUGACGACGAGGGAAACGUCAAGUUCACCCCAUUUGAGAUCAAGAACGACGACGACUUAAAGAUUAUGUGGACAACUUUUCAACGAUAUUCGUCGAAGGGUCCGAUCGAGUUGGAUGCAAAACUUCAAAAAUCGGGAGAAGACAUUAACAAAAUGUUGUGGCAUCCUCAACUACCCAUGUAUAACAAUAUGUAA